AAAUGCGAGCAUCUCUUUGUCCGUGUUUCCAUGUUUAUUCCCGAAUUCAAGCCAGUGUUUAAAAUGGUAGAGCUAAAAUCCCCAAAUCUCAUAAUAAYAACUAUAAACAACACUUAUAACUUGAAAGCGUUCGAUUGGGCUUCCUGUGGAGCCCCACAAUGCAACAACCCAAAUGAUAAAAGAACGCCUGGUAAUUUUCUUUCUUCCGAUCCACCAUCAUUGAAAAUGGCUGCGAACUUCUGGCUCUCAUCUCACCGUAACGAAUGGAUUUUAAACCGAGAAGAAAUUCUAAUAGAGAGACAGCAGGACUUGAAAACUCUCACCGAGGCAGAAUACCAACAAUUUCAUAUMUUUUACGCGAAUUUUAUCCAAGCGUUAGGCGAACAUCUGAAACUUCGACAGCAAGUGAUUGCGACGGCCACGGUAUUUUUCAAAAGAUUUUACGCCAAGAACUCGCUUAAAUGCAUCGACGCUUUGCUAGUGGCGCCGACUUGUGUUUAUUUAUCAUCUAAAGUAGAAGAAUGUGGGGUUAUAUCGAAUAAUCGGCUUAGCACCGCUUGUUCCACAGUUUUAAAGACGAAGUUUACAUAUGCAUUUCAGAUGGAGCAGUAUCCUUACAGAAUGAGUCAGGUACUGGAAUGUGAAUUUUACCUCCUCGAAAUGAUGGAUUGUUGUUUAAUAGUAUACCAUCCAUACCGACCCCUCACGCAGUAUGUCUCCGAUCUUGCAAUGGAAGAUGCUAUUUUACCGAUUGCUUGGAGAAUUGUUAACGACAGUCUUAGAACUGAUGUCUGUCUUUUAUACCCUCCAUACUUGAUUGCACUGGCUGCAAUUCACAUGGCGUGUGUAAUACAACAGAAAGAUACAAAACAGUGGUUUGCCGAACUCUCUGUCGACAUGGAUAAAAUAGUGGAAAUAACACAAGAAAUUUUAAACUUGUAUGAAAUAUGGAAAAAUUUUGAUGAGAAAAGUAGUAUCAGAAAUGUGCUGAACAAGGCUCCUAAGCCUAAAGUUAGGCCAUCGUCAACUACU